AUGGCUUUGGGAAGCACGAUUCCAAAGCCAAUUGACCUGAUGGGUGUUCUUGAUUGGGAUACCGUACACUCGAUGAUUAUAUCUUGGAUUUUGCGGAGUAUGGACGCAAAAGUCGCAGGGACAAUACCGAUGCAUGAGAAUGUUCGUGAUUUAUGGGUGUAUAUUGAGAGGCGGUUUUGUGUGGCCAAUGGACCACGUAUCCAGCAAAUAAAAAUCGCGAUCUCGGACUGCAAACAAGUAGGAUCGAUGAGUGUCGAUGAGUACUACUCGAAACUCAUGGGUUAUUACGAUGAGUUGGCACGAUUGAAGCCACUGCCUUCCUGUGAGUGCCACAAGUGUGAUUGUGGAUUAGUUUCAAAGCUGGCGCGUGAUAGGGAAGAUGAAAUCUUUGAUCAGUUUCUUAUUGGGCUCGAUACUACAACUUACGGGGCUGUUCGUACCAACCUGUUAUCUCAGCAGCCCUUGGGUGAUAUCAACCGAGCUUAUCAAACGUUAAAAAAAGGACAUGAAGUCACUACUUGUUUUAAACUGCAUGGAAAUCCUGAGUGGUACGAGGAGCGCUUGCGUGCGCGUAAUUCGGGACGCCUGGAUGGGUCUCCUAACAACGGACCUGCUGCUGGUGGUGGUUCUGUCGGUGCAGCAAGCGGUAGUGGUGGUGGAAGUACUGCUGGGGCAGCGCGUGGUCCAGGGGGGGUGCGUGCUCACAUAGUGGAUGAUGGUGCGUUUAGUUCAAAUACAGAACGUGGGACUUCCCUUGCGUCUCUCACACAGGAGCAGAUUCAAGCUUUGAUGACUUUGAUUAACACCGAACACAAGUCUAGUGAUCGUAUGGCAGGUACAGAGUGGAUUAUUGACACUAGGGCAUCCCAUCAUAUAACUGGCAAUUUAUCUGUCUUAGUGAACGUUCGCAGCAUUACAGUUUUUCCAGUUAGCCUUCCUAAUGGAUGCUCUGCUUCUGCUACAAUGAGGGGAGAUGUCUAUCUUACUGAUGAUCUUGUCUUACAUCAUGUUCUAUUUGUCCCUGAUUUUCAGUGUCAUUUGAUUUAUGUGUCUCAUUUGCUAGCUGAUAAUGAUUGUAUCAUUCAAUUCACAUCUACUUUAUGUGCUAUAGAGGACCGGUCCUCGAGGACUCUGAUUGGAGCAGGCCGUCCAUCGGAACGAGUAGUGAAGCUGCUUCCUGCUUUUCGUUCUAGUCAUGAUAGGAAGAAAUUAAAUAAUGUUGUGAGUAGUGUGCCUUCCUCUUGUGGUGUUGUUUACUUCUUGACUCUUGUUGAUGAUUAUUCCCGUGCUGUUUGGGUUUAUUUAUUGCACAAUAAAACUCAGGUUUAUAAGUAUUUCCUAUCUUUCUUUGCUAUGGUUAAGCGUCAAUUUGCUACUAAUGUUCAGAUUGUUAGAAGUGAUAAUGGGACUGAAUUUCAAUGCAUGCUUCCUUUCUUUGAUCAAAGUGGUAUUUUGUUUCAAACUUCUUGUACUGGGACGCCUCAACAAAAUGGGAGAGUUGAGCGUAAACAUCAACAUAAACUCAAUGUUAGCCGAGCUUUAAUGUUUUAA